CAAACGUUCACUCAGUAUUCCCGAUUGCUUUCUUAGUCAGCCGUCUGUGACUUGGCAGUUUGGGGAGCGCGGAGGAAAGUCAUAGUUGCGGAAUCACUGGUAAGAACAAAGGUACGCGACAAGGAUACAGCAGCGCCAGGAGAUACGCAGUCCGAGGAAACGGGCGUCAUGGCGACGUGCGCUGGAAAAGGUGAGAGUGAAGGAAAAGUGAAGAAACUCACCUGUCAGUUCUGUGAGUACAAAGCAGUUAACUCAUCGCGCUUAGAAGAGCACGUCAGGACCCACACCGGUGAGAGACCAUUCCAGUGCCAACAGUGCGAGUACUCUGCUAGACAGAAGCGGGUCCUGGAGAUGCACAUCAGGAUAAAACACACCGGUGAGAGACCGCACCACUGCAAACACUGUGACUUCUCAGCGGCAAGCAGUACUGUCCUCGCUAAUCACGUUAUGGCGACUGACACCGGUGAGAGGCCAUUUCAGUGCGCUCUUUGUGACUUUUCGUCGAUCUACAAGGCCUCCCUCGGGCGCCACAUCAUGGCCAAACACAGCAGCCACAGGCCGCACAAAUGCACGGAGUGCGACUUUGCUACGGUGGGGAAAAGUAUCUUGAAACGCCACAUGGCAAAUCACGCCGAUGUCAAACCAUAUCCCUGCGAUCUUUGCGAUUAUUCCACCAACACGAACCAUAGAUUAAAACGGCACAUGGCAACGCACACGGGCCAGAGGCCACACAAGUGCGACUUCUGCGAUUAUUCCUCGGCAGUCAAGUCCUGUUUGAAACGCCACGUGCUGGCAUUACACACGGGCGAGAAGACACAGAAGUGCGACGUUUGUGAUUACACCGCAGUCAGCAGGUACAGUUUGAAACAACACGCGGUCAAACACACCGGCGAGAAGCCGUACAAAUGUGACACUUGCGACUACGCCACAGCGGUGAAGUCAAGUCUUACUACGCACAUGAAGAAACACACCGGGAAGAAACCUUACAAAUGUGAGAUCUGCGGUUAUUCCGCGACACUAUUGCAGUAUCUGAAAAACCACAUGACCAACCACACCGGCGACAAACAGUACAAAUGUGAGCUAUGUGAAUACGCUGCGCCAACGAAGAAGAGGUUGCAAGAUCACAUGGCCAAACACAGUACCGAUAAACCGUACAAAUGUGAACUUUGUGAUUUUCGCACGACUUACAGGGUUAAUUUGAAGCACCACAUGGUGACACACACUGGUAACAAACCUUAUAAGUGUGACGCUUGCGAUUUUUCUGCAGCGCACAUGUCUAGAAUGAAACGCCCGACAUGGCCAAACACAGCGCGGCCGGAACACUGGACAAGACUCACAAGUGUGACGUUUGCGAUUAUUCUACAAUGUUCAUGUAUAGAUUGAAACGCCACAUCAUGGCCAAACACACUCGUGAGAAGCCUUACAAAUGUGACGCUUGUGACUUUUCUACUGACCGAAUAGAGAGGUUAGAGCGCCAUAUCCUUGCCACACACGCUGGUGAGAAACCGUUCAAAUGUGAGGUUUGCGGGUAUUCUACAAAAGCUAAAAUAAACUUGAAACGGCACAUGGCCAAACGCACUUGUGAGAGGCCUGACAAAUGUGACUUUUUUUCUACUGAACGAACGGAGAAGUUAGAGCGUCAUGUACACGCCGGUGAGAAACCGUUCAAAUGUGAGGUUUGCGGGUAUUUUACCAAAGCUAAAACAAACUUAAAACGGCACAUGACCACCCACUCAGAUGAGAAACCGUACAGGUGCGAGGCGUGCGGUUUUUCUACAGCACUAUUGGAUACUUUGAAAAGGCACAUGGCCACACAUACCGGUGGGAAGCCACACAAAUGCGACCUUUGCGACUAUUCUACAUCGUUUAAGCCAAAUUUGAAACGACACAUGGGUACCCAUACCGGUAGAGAUAAGCCAUAUAAAUGUGAAAUGUGCGAUUAUGCCGGAGCUGAAAAGACUACCUUAAUAAUAGCACACAUAGCUGUGAAACACUCUGGUGUGAAACCAUACAAAUGUGGCGUUUGUGACUACGCCACUGCAGUGAGAUCUAAUUGGAGACGGCACAUGAAGAGACACACUGAUGAUAAACCUUAAAGUGGGCUCUCACUGCACUUGGGGCAUCGGUGCGGCACUACGGGGUUCUUUCACUGCGGUAAAGGUUUUGUUAUUGUCUCGAUUUUUGAUGAUAUAGAUUUUGAAUAAUACGUAAAGGUAUGACUGAGAAGACACAAAACGGAAGAAAAUUCGUUCUUUAUCUAUGAAAUAUCACAAAGUGAUCUACGAACCCUGCAUGCGGCAUGGCCGCACCGGUGCCUCAAGUGCAAUGAGAGUGCACAUUUAGAAGUUGAUGUUCACCUUCGCAGACUUCUAGAAGUCUAGUAGUGCUGGUUUUUCUUUUUUGCGUUAGGCCUUGUUGAUUUGAUUAUAUGGAUGGCAUCCGCGCGCACAUCAACUUUCGGCCGUUUCCAAAAAUAAAAAAGAUAAACAAAUGUAUGCUGUGGAUUGCAAAAACUAAUAUCGGAAAAUGUAUACUAAUGUCAUGAAAUAUUCGAAGGUCAAAGAAGAUGUGAAAGAACAAAAAUGAAGAAGCUAUUGUUUGGUAUACUAUAUUCUGUGUGUCCAGUCAUUUGUUCAACCUUCCCGAUCACUUAGAUUUCAUAAUGAAAGCCUCAGUUUUUUUUAGUUCCCAGGGGAUGUCAUCCAUAUAAUCAAAUCAACAUGGCCUUAGUAAGCACGGAACUCCCUCUCUCGGCACCGCAUGAUCUGCUUGGGGAUUAGUUACACCAGGGCCUUUGCUUGACACAUACGGACGGCAGGUCUGGCGUGAGAGGACGGUGCGGCUAUUUGAGAAUUUACGUCUACUUUUGAAACGAACAUGGACUGAUUAGGAGAAAUAAAAGACGAAAUGUUCGUAUUUGGACAUUGUUUAUUGCAAGUAUAGUCCUCUGCAUGUAGUUAUACUACUUACUUUGAACUACCGCAACAGUAGACCUUGUUUGCCUCUUACUCUUAGCGGAUCGGAAAUCUGUAAAUACAAAAAUUUAUAAUAACUUGUCUACUUUCACCCCAAACAUAGCAAUAUAACAUGGUUAUGAUGUUUAAUAGUUCAAUGGUUAACGUGUCAUUUACAAAAUUGUUAUACCUAACAUAGUCUUCUUAUACCAAGGGCAUAGACCAAAUAGUAUAGUGAGAAAAUUGCGCCAGAGAACGGAUAUUUGGUGCAUGCAGGUUGUUUAACUUCGAUCUAGAGCGUAACAAGUUGUGUCACGUGAUUUAAUUGCAAAUUCUAGACGCUAGUUUCUUUAUAUCACUACCCUGGAUGUCUAGUAUAGCAUUAAGGUGUCUUAUACUUCAAGUAUCUAAUCUCCAAGCAGAUCCUACAAUGGCAUAAGAUAGUACCAAACUGGCCAGGAGAUAGUCAGCCAAGAGGUGACCAUUUGCCAUGUAGCAAAACACACUCCUAAGCCAUCUUCACUCCUCUGCCAGCUUUCGAUAUCUUAUGCUACCGUAGGAUCUGCUUGGAGAUUAUCAAGUAUCUACACUUUUAUAUCUACACUUACAGUGUAAGAAGUUUGAUUGAUCUGAA